GGGUGUAUUGGCUACCUGUCUUGCCCUGUAGCCGUUCCUCAUAGUUGUUGGCAGAAGGUGAGGCACUUCCGCUCUGUAACCGCUGCCGGAUGACGUGGCUGAACGGCAAGAGCAGCACUAGCGGCGGCGGACUGUGAGAGACAGAGAGCAGCCCCAAAACCGUCACUGACACAGAGCCAGAUAGAAGAAAGGGGGAUAGCUUGAAUUGCACUGGAACCUGAUUCUCUUGAAAGCUUUUCUGAAACACGAUGAGGACGAUCAGGGUAAAGCUGGUGUUGUUGUUGGUGUUUUCCGCUGUGGAUAUGCUGUUGCCAGUCCGGGCGGAUGAACACGAACAUACGUAUACAGAUACAGAAGAAGUCGUCUUGUGGAUGAACACAGUUGGACCGUACCACAACAGACAAGAAACAUACAAGUACUUUUCACUGCCCUUCUGUGUCGGGACAAAAAGAGCUAUUAGCCAUUACCACGAGACACUAGGAGAGGCUCUCCAAGGAGUUGAACUAGAGUUUAGUGGGCUGGAUAUCAAAUUUAAAGGUGAGGUUCUGCAAACAACAUACUGUGAAAUUGAGCUGGAUAAAGGAAAACGAGAGGCCUUUGUUUAUGCUAUAAAGAACCAUUAUUGGUACCAGAUGUAUAUCGAUGACUUGCCAAUCUGGGGCAUUGUUGGAGAAGCAGAUGAAAAUGGAGAAGAUCAUUACCUGUGGACCUACAAGAAACUGGAAAUCGGGUACAACGGCAAUAGAAUUGUAGAUGUGAAUCUGACAAGUGAAGGAAAAGUCAAGCUUGUGCCAAAUACAAGAAUUGCAAUGUCUUAUUCUGUAAAGUGGAAAAAGUCAGAUGUAAAGUUUGAAGACAGAUUUGACAAGUAUCUCGAUCCAUCCUUCUUUCAACACAGAAUUCACUGGUUUUCGAUCUUCAAUUCCUUCAUGAUGGUUAUUUUUCUGGUGGGCUUGGUUUCCAUGAUUCUGAUGAGAACGUUACGGAAAGAUUAUGCAAGAUACAGCAAAGAGGAAGAGAUGGACGAUAUGGAUCGGGAUCUGGGGGAUGAGUAUGGAUGGAAGCAGGUUCAUGGAGAUGUUUUCAGACCAUCCGGCCACCCCCUCAUGUUCUCAUCUCUGAUUGGAUCUGGCUGCCAAAUCUUUUCAGUCUCCAUGAUUGUUAUUAUUGUAGCAAUGAUUGAGGAUCUGUAUACUGAGAGAGGAUCCAUGCUUAGUACCGCUAUAUUUGUCUAUGCUGCAACAUCACCAGUAAAUGGUUAUUUUGGAGGAAGCUUGUAUGCUAAACAAGGAGGCAGAAGAUGGAUAAAGCAGAUGUUCAUUGGAGCCUUCUUAAUUCCUGCCAUGGUGUGUGGAACUGCGUUCUUCAUCAACUUCAUUGCCAUGUAUUACCAUGCCUCAAGAGCGAUACCGUUUGGGACAAUGGUUGCUGUGUGCUGUAUCUGCUUCUUUGUGAUUCUUCCACUGAACCUGGUUGGAACAAUUCUAGGCAGAAAUUUGUCUGGGCAACCCAACUUCCCAUGCCGGGUGAAUGCUGUGCCACGUCCAAUCCCAGAGAAGAAAUGGUUCAUGGAGCCAGCUGUUAUUGUUUGUCUUGGUGGGAUUCUGCCGUUUGGCUCUAUCUUUAUUGAAAUGUAUUUUAUCUUCACCUCGUUUUGGGCUUACAAGAUCUACUAUGUCUAUGGCUUCAUGAUGCUGGUCCUGGUCAUUCUCUGCAUUGUGACAGUCUGUGUGACCAUUGUGUGCACCUAUUUUCUGCUCAAUGCCGAAGACUAUAGAUGGCAAUGGACAAGCUUUCUUUCUGCAGCCUCGACUGCAGUCUAUGUUUAUAUGUAUUCCUUCUACUACUAUUUCUUUAAAACGAAGAUGUAUGGCUUGUUUCAAACAUCAUUCUACUUUGGAUACAUGGCAGUUUUCAGCACUACUUUGGGGAUUAUGUGUGGAGCUGUUGGUUUCAUGGGAACAAGUGCCUUCGUUAGAAAGAUCUACACAAAUGUGAAAAUUGAUUAGUAGAAGCGACAGCACUGGGAACUGUGGAUCAGUGCCUGCUUUUCUUACUGGGCAGGAACUUGCACAACUCCUUUUGCAAGAAGAUACUGGCUAUAUUACUGGGUACAUUGUGGGUCUCCAUUUUAUGGAUGACUUAAACAUCUAUUUCCAUCGAUCCUAAGUUCUUAUUGACUGCUUUCAACAACUUUUCAUGAGAGCAAAUGCUUGGAUUAUAUGCAGUAGGCAUUUACAAUACAGUGCUAAUUCCCCCCUCCCCCCCCCAAAAGUAACUCAUUAAUCAUGAAUAGUCUAGCUCUCUUCAGUGAAGAGGACAAACAGUUUAUUGAAAGCAUUUUGUUCUUAUAAGAAGGAAACUUGGCUGCUUAAACUAGUUGACCUGGAGUCUUUCUGGUGUUUUUUUACCCAGAAAGCCUUAAUAAUUCUAGUUUCAGUAACCAUUGCUAAAGUACUGCUGUUUGUUUUUGUUUGUUUGUUUGUUUUGUUAACAUUGGCUACUGCAUGUAAUAUAUCAGCUUUGACUAUAGCUGGACCAAUGCCAUUUCCCUGCUUAUUUAUCUUGAUAUUAAUUAUCAUGUUAUUUAAGUUCAUCCAUCCAAAGAAAAAGUUCAAUUUAGAUCAGAAAGUGUGUUCUGCACGACAAUUUACUGUACAGCUAGUGAACAGAGGUUACUGUUCGGACUGGUGAAUUUGUUUUUAUUAGAUAUUUUGAGGUCUGUGGCGUUGUUUUAAUUGGAUGUCUGAUGUGGCCCUCUUUUUCCAAAUUUUUUUUUCUUCCAAAUCCACUUUUUUUUUUUUUCUUUUAUGUUUGGGUUUGAAUGAAGGAAGGUAUUACUUAAGAAAUUGUAUGGAUACGGGAUAUUCCAUGUAUAUAACCUUAAAAUAAUGGAACUUGAGGUGGAGCACCCAUGUAUUUGGAUGUACAGAUUUAUUACAGAGUACUUUUUCGUAAAAUGAAAUAUUCCGUAAACAAAUGUGUGAGGUUUUUUUUUUUUUUUUUUGGGUGGCUUUUUGUCGUCUUGCUCACCACUGCAUGAACGUUGAACUUCAUCAUAAUGUGUGUGUGUCAUGCUUUUUUUUGUUGUUUCUUUCAAAAACUAAAUGUGUACUUUUUUGCUGAACAGUUUAUGUACAUCUUCUAAAGCUGUCUUUCUUUAGAGUGUUCAUAAAAUAUGAAUAAACUUUUCAGACAAAUGUAUUCUUGCUAAUAAAUUAAGUGACCCUUAUAUAUUGUACAGGAACAUUUUUAGGAACCGCUUAUUAGCAGCUCUGGUCAACCCAUUGCUAUAUGAUCCACACAAGUUAUAAACAAGUUAGGUAGUGUCCGUGGAAGUAACCAUAUCUGCUUCCUUUUUGCAAGCUACAGUAAUAGUACACACACAUUUGUAAUUGGCAUAUAAUCUUGUAAAACCAUUUAUAGUAUCAGUUCCUAAAUAAUGUGUUUUAAAGUUUUGUAAAUACAUUCACAAGCAGAGUUGAUGUUUUUUUUGCCAUCUAAAGUUAAUGUAUGAUACAAUGUCUUAACUGAAAACAUGCUGUAAAAUAACCACAUCUUUAAAAUUAUACAUUUUACUUGUGGCCACAUUUUGAUACAGUAUCUGAAAGGUGUUCAAUACUGUCAUCUUUUUUUUUUUGUUUUAAUUUGUAAUAGAUAAUGUCAACAGUAUCUUUGUAACAGUCUGUGAAUACAGACAGUUUAUUGUCUGUAUUGAGUUCUUGCACUAGUAUCUUGCUAAACUGAUUUAAGUCUUCUGCAAGAAAAAUGGGCAAAAUAACAAAUGCUGAUAACCCCUGCUGAAUCGCAUUCAGUAGCUGUAAAAAUGUAGGUUUAAAAGAUAGUCUUCACUUAGUUUACAUUUUCUUAUUUUUAUAACUAAAUCAUAGUUUGCUUUUGUUUUUAGGUAACUUACAGAUUUUACAAGUUUUACAUUCAUUUUCCAAAUAGAAAAACAGUUUCAUUAAAUCAAUAGCUGUUUUUUCUUCACAGGGAUGGGAGGGGCAAUACUAUUGAUUUUUUGUUAUGAUUAUUUAAUUUCAUGUUUUGGAUGUCAACAUUAUUAGCACAUAUUGGAAUUCAUGUAUUUUUUUGGUUAUAUCCUUGUUUUCUAUAUUAUUCAAAACUGCAGUGAGCUCAUGCAAUUUGAUUAAUAAAACAAGUAGAACGAUA